CGAGAUGUGAGGAACAUGGUUAUGGGCAUACUUGUGGACACGUACACCCCGGGGUGUAGGUCACGAAGCCGCUAUAAAUACCCCCAUCCCUCCCCAGAGGAAGGACGUGCAUCAUCAUCGUCAUCAUCUUCUUCUUCUUGUCCACACACACAUCCAUAUCUGCAAAUGGCGGGAGAGAUCAAGGUGGGGGCGUGGGGUGGCGACGGAGGGUCUGCAUGGGAUAUGGCGGCUGCCUACCGCAUCACCAACAUCAAGUUUCGCGCCGGAGACGCCAUCGACGGCAUCGUGAUCACCUUCACCCGUUAUGGUCAGACGGAGACCAAGAGCUUCGGUGGCACCGGGGGCAAACUCUACGAGAUUCCUCUGCAAGAGGACGAGUAUCUUGUGGGCGUCGAGGGGUCUGUGGAUACGAUGUGGGGAAUCACUCUGGUGAGGAACCUGACGCUGAGGACCAACAAGAAAAGCUAUGGACCUUUCGGCACCAGUGGCGGAAAACCUUUCUCCGUUCCUGUAGCCUCGGGUAAGAUCAUUGGCUUCUUUGGACGUGCGGGCGCCAUGAUUGAUGCCAUCGGAGUUUACCUCGCACCUAAAUAGACCUCUUGGAGUGAUACUGCUGCUUCAAUGAGUCUUGCUGCUACUUGGACUCCGUCCUCCGUCCGUCUCCUCUUCCUUGUAAGAUGGAUGCUAUCAUAAAUAAAAUAAAUAAGGGUCCAGUUUGAUA